AGAAAAAGAAAAAGGUUGAGAGAGAAGCUGAAAUGGCCGGUGGCAAUGGCAUGGACGACGGGAUCUUUAUCCUCUCCAUAAAUUGUUGACAGACCUCCAACCUUUGUCUCCUCCAUCUUCUUCUUCCUUCUUCUUCUUCUUCUUCUUCUUGUCUUCGGUCUGUAGAUCUCCUCAAUCCCCGAUACAUAUUCAAAUUAAAUUACGAAAAAGCAAAAAAAGAAAAGGUAGAGAGAGAAACCCCAUUGCACAGCGCACACCUCCUUCAAUAAUUCAAUUCUGCUUUCUUCCUCCUUUUUCUUCCCUUCUCUUCUUCUGCUGCCUUUUCUUUUCUUUUUUCUUCUUUGCCUGAUCUUUCUCUCCAUUUCAUUGCCAGCUCUUCAUUACCCCUUCUCUCUCCCCCCAGUGACACCCGAAGAUCCGUUGGGCAGGUUCUUGGUGUGUAUCUUAUAUAUUAUCACGCAAAGGAAAGCACAAGCCGCUAUAUAAAAAAAUGUCUUCAUCAACAAAGGUCUUGGAACCUGCAUUUCAAGGAGUUGGACAGAAACCAGGCACUGAAAUCUGGAGAAUUGAGAAUUUUCAGCCAGUUCCGGUGCCAAAAUCUGAACACGGAAAGUUCUACAUGGGAGAUUGUUACAUUAUAUUACAGACAACACAAAAUAAAGGGGGUGCUUAUCAAUACGACAUACAUUUCUGGAUUGGGAAAGAUACAAGUCAGGAUGAAGCUGGAACAGCAGCAGUUAAGACAGUUGAGCUCGAUGCAGUUCUUGGAGGCCGUGCUGUCCAACACAGGGAAAUUCAGGGUUACGAAUCUGACAAAUUUUUGUCUUACUUUAAGCCAUGCAUUAUACCACUAGAGGGUGGUGUUGCGUCUGGAUUUAGAAAACCUGAAGAAGAAGAGUUUGAAACCCGGUUAUAUACCUGCAAAGGAAAACGUGCAGUCCGGUUGAAGCAGGUUCCUUUUGCCCGCUCAUCAUUAAAUCACGAUGAUGUAUUUAUCUUGGACACAAAGGAGAAGAUCUAUCAAUUUAAUGGUGCAAAUUCAAACAUUCAGGAGAGAGCUAAAGCUUUGGAAGUUGUUCAAUAUUUGAAAGACAAAUAUCAUGAAGGAACAUGUGAUGUUGCGAUUGUUGAUGAUGGAAAACUAGAUACAGAAUCAGACUCUGGUGAGUUCUGGGUCCUUUUCGGUGGUUUUGCUCCAAUUGGAAGAAAAGUUGCUAGUGAGGACGACGUUAUUCCGGAGACAACUCCACCCAAGUUGUCUAGCAUUGUCAAUGGUCAGUUGGAACCUAUCGAGGGAGAUCUAUCUAAGUCCAUGCUGGAAAACAAUAAAUGCUACCUCUUGGACUGUGGUGCUGAGGUAUUUGUUUGGGUUGGCCGUGUAACUCAAGUGGAGGAGAGAAAGGCUGCUAGCCAAGCUGCUGAGGAUUUUCUUGCCAGUGAAAAUAGGCCAAAGGCAACACGCAUAUCCCGUGUUAUCCAAGGUUAUGAGCCCCAUUCUUUCAAGUCUAUCUUUGACUCUUGGCCAUCAGGCUCUGCAGCUCCUGGUAACGAAGAAGGACGGGGAAAAGUAGCUGCUCUACUGAAGCAACAAGGUGUUGGGCUAAAGGGUUUGUCCAAAAGCACCCCAGCGAACGAGGAUAUUCCACCUCUGCUUGAAGGAGGUGGAAAGUUAGAGGUUUGGUGCAUCGAUGGUAAAGCCAAAACUCCUUUAGCCAAGGAAGAUAUAGGCAAAUUUUAUUCUGGGGACUGCUAUUUGGUCCUUUAUACCUAUCAUUCUGGUGAUAGGAAAGAAGACUAUUUCUUGUGUUGUUGGUUCGGAAAGCAUAGCAUUCAGGAGGACCAAGAAACAGUGAUUCGUUUGGCAAAUACAAUGUUCAACUCAUUAAAGGGAAGACCAGUACAGGGUCGUAUAUAUGAGGGUAAAGAACCUCCACAGUUUGUCGCCCUUUUUCAGCCUAUGGUGGUUCUUAAGGGUGGUUUGAGCUCUGGUUACAAGAAUAGUGUGGCAGAGAAAGGUUCACCAGAUGAAACCUACAUGCCAGAAUCAAUUGCACUUAUUCAAGUGUCUGGAACUGGAGUUCACAAUAAUAAGGCAUUGCAAGUUGAUGCGGUGGCAACAUCAUUGAACUCUUAUGAAUGCUUCCUUCUGCAAUCUGGUUCUUCCAUGUUCCUUUGGCAUGGAAAUCAAAGUACGCAUGAGCAGCAGCAGCUGGCUGCUAAAGUUGCUGAAAUCUUAAAGCCUGGGAUUACUAUCAAGCAUGCCAAAGAAGGAACAGAGAGUUCAUCCUUUUGGUAUGCACUUGGAGGAAAACAGAACUUUACCAGCAAGAAGGCUUCCUCGGAGACUGUCAGAGAUCCUCACUUGUUCUCCUUCUCAUUCAACAAAGGAAAGUUUCAGGUUGAGGAGAUUUACAACUUUGCCCAAGAUGAUCUCUUGACUGAGGAUAUGUAUAUACUUGACACUCAUGCUGAAGUUUUUGUCUGGGUUGGACAAUGUGUGGACUCCAAGGAAAAACAAAUGACUUUCGAUAUUGGCCAGAGAUACAUAGAAAUGGCUGCUGCCCUCGAAGGCUUGCCUCUGAAGGUUCCACUUUACAAAAUCACUGAAGGGAAUGAACCAUGUUUCUUCACAACGUACUUUUCUUGGGAACCAGCUAAAGCUAUUGCGCAAGGAAACUCUUUCCAGAAGAAGGUGGCGUUAUUAUUUGGUGCAAACCACGUUGUGGAGGACAAGUCACAUGGUGGGGGCCAAGGGGGACCAAGGCAAAGGGCUGAAGCUCUAGCUGCCUUAACUUCUGCAUUUAAUUCUUCUGGUGAAAGGAGCCAAGAAAGAUCCAACGGAAGUCAAGGGGGAGCGAGACAAAGAGCUGAAGCUUUAGCUGCCCUGUCAUCCGCAUUUAAUUCUUCAUCAUCUGUGAAGUCAUCUUCGCAGAGGUCAGCGGGGACAGGCCAGGGAUCUCAAAGAGCAGCAGCUGUGGCUGCUCUAUCACAAGUCCUCACUGCUGAAUCAAAAAAGAAAUCACCUGACACCUCUCCUACCAGAAGGUCUACCAGCUCUAAUCCAGCGGAUGCCAGUCCUUCUGCAGAGCAAGUUGAGGCUUCUGACGAAGUGGCUGAAGCCAAGGAAGAAGAGCAAGUCUCACACGCAGCAGCAGAAGCCAAUGCUGAAGAAUCAGAAGCAAAUCAGGGAACUGAAGAACAUGGUGAUUCUUCGGAAAGUGUGGCAAUUGGAGCUAUCUUCAGUUAUGAACAGCUCAGAGCCAAAUCCGAAAACCCAGUGACCGGAAUAGAUUUCAAAAGAAGAGAGGCUUACCUGUCUGAAGAAGAGUUCCAGACUGUGUUUGGGAUGACAAAAGAAGCAUUCAACAAGUUACCCAGGUGGAAGCAAGAUUUGAUGAAGAAGAAGGUGGACUUGUUCUAAACCACCACCCCCCCCCCCCCCCACAACA